AUGUCGAGAUGUGAAGGUGAGGCUUCCGAACUUGAUGAAUUAUUCGAGAACGUUGUCUUAGAAUGUGAGCUCGCCGAGGAAGAGACGCGUCUCUCAUACACGGUCCGCAACGAACUAGAGCGGCUGACGCGAGAGCAAAGAAAAGAAAUAGUAUCACGUGUUAUCGAGGGAUGCGCCCCUUUAUUUGUUGCUUGCAAGAAGGGCAGCGCAAAUAUAGUGGAAUACUUUAUAUCAAUGUGUGGAGCAGACCCAAACCAACGGGGAGUGUACAAGAUGACCGACAGCCGCUCGAUGCACACUGUGACACCAUUGUGGUGCGCCGCGGUUGCAGGAAAGCUGGCUGUCGUCAAACAGCUUAUCAAGCAUGGCGCGAAUGUGAACAGCGUGUCGGACACGGGCUCGACGCCAGUUCGCUCCGCAUGCUUCAUGUCGCACCUCGAAGUAGUGAUGUACCUUGUCGACCAUGGUGCCGACAUCGCCAUACCAAAUUACAACGGUGGCACCUGCCUCAUCAACUCUGUGCAGAACGUAAGACUGUGCCGUUUCCUGCUGCACCGUGGCGCAGACGUCAAUGCGCAGGACGUGCAGAAAAACACAGCGCUGCACUACGCCAUCCAGAAGCAUCGGCUCGACGCGACGCGACUUCUUCUGCAGCAGCACGCUAACCCGUUCCUGCGAAAUCGCUACGGCGAUGACCUGCUCCAGACUGCCUGCCUUAAUGGGGACGUGGAAAUAUACACCCACCUGGUCAGCACAUUCGAGUACAGUGACGCGCGCCGUGCUGAGGCCAAUGAGCUGAUGGGCACCACAUUUCUGGAUAAAGAACAUGACGUGCAGUCGGCGCUAUUUUACUGGAGACGAGCGCAGACGCUGCGCGAGCGAGAGAGUGUGCCCAAGCCCCUGGGCGAGCGGCGACCAGCCUUUCAGAUGGCUGAGGAGUACGUGACCGCCGAGCAACUGGACGCGCUGGCGGAUGACCCGGACGCGCUGUACACGCAGUCACUGCUCAUGUGUGAGCGCAUCCUGGGCCCGCAGCACAAAGAGACCAUGUCACGCAUCAUAUACCGCGGCGCUGUGUGCGCCUACAACAUGCAGUACCAGCGUUGCGUCGACCUGUGGCAAUACACGCUCCAGCUUUACGUCGCCAAGGACACGCUCCUGCACAACGAGGCGGGCCAGUUGAUCGCAGCUCUGGCGAUCCUCUACCUCGUCAAGCUAGACAAGGGCCAAGUGGGGCUGCUGCAUGACCGGCUGCGGCUCGAGGACGUGCUGGCCAUGGCGACCCUGCUGGUCGACUGGUGCGGCAAGUCCGCGCGGCUGCUCACCGAGCGGCCCAUUUAUCAGCCGCACAUAAACAACUUUGACAAGCUACUGCACGUGCUCACGCACCUGCUGCACGUGCUCAAUGCGCUGCCCAAGCACGACGCCGCGGAAGAGGCGGCUGUGCGGCACCUCGUGUGCUGUGCCUUGGCGCAGCAGCCACGCACUGCGUCCGGUGACUCCCUGCUGCACCUGGUGGUGAGCCGCCAGAAUACUAUAAAGGUGACAUUCUUCGAGGAGGCGCACGCGCGAGUGUUUCCCGACGCGUCGCUGGCCGCCCUGCUGCUCGAAUGCGGCGCCGACGUGGAGGCGAUCAACGAGGCCCGCAGCACGGCUCUACACGUGGCUGCGCUGCGCAACAACUUCGACCCCGAAGUGGUGCAGACGCUGCUGCACUACGGCGCCCACCUAGACCGGCGCAACGCCAACGGCAACCAGCCGCACCACAUGCUGGCCGGCAUCAGCGAGUGCAUGAUCAACCCUCUCGAGCACAUUAACCUGCAGUGCCUCGCCGCCCGCAAGAUCGUGGAGCACCGGAUCCCUUUCACCGGCGAGGUGCCGAGUGCACUCGAGAACUUCAUCCGAAUCCACUGA